GAUCUUUAUGAGCUGGUUUGAAAUACCUUGAUACAUACUCGAGCACGCUUACACAUCCACUUGCUCCGACUAGCGCGCAGAGGUGGCGCUGCUCUCUCGUGCAUUACUGCUGCGGCGUCCAAUUUCAGUGCCAAGGACAUCGAAAGCAGGCAUAGAUACACUCAGUGGAGGCCGAAUGGAAAAUGGAUAUUCGCAUUCCAGAAAUAUAAAGCCGCGACUAUUUAUGAAUACAGUGCCGGUCCAAAGACGUGCGUCAUAUUCGUACCCCAAGUUCCAAAGAUGCAAUGAGGUCUCUUUUUAUAAGUGGUGUACACAGAUAUGGAGAGCUUCGCACGUUCUAAAGCACGAUGGAAGACAUUGAAGAUAACUGGACGGACAACGUACCGAAUUCAGAGUUUCAAGGUAAAAUCCUCAUCUUUAUCAUCUUUGCUGCAGGAAUUGGUGGGACAUUCCAGUAUGGCUACAGCCUUUCGACUAUCAAUGCACCAACCACUUAUAUUCAGACAUUUAUUAAUGAAACGUGGCUUGAGCGCUGGGGCACUCCACUGGAAAGCCCCUUGAUUCUGAUGAUUUGGUCCUUCAUUGUGUCAAUAUAUUCCUUGGGAGGUCUCUUAGGCGCACUGAUUGCUGGGCCAAUGGCAGUUCAGUUUGGAAGGAAAAAAUCACUCCUAGUCAACAACGUGUUUAUAAUCAUUUCAGCUUCACUGGUGAUUAUGAGCAAGGAAGCACAAUCAUUUGAAAUGAUCAUGAUUUCCAGACUCUUUGGUGGAAUCAAUGCAGGUGUUGGUAUGAAUAUUCAGCCCAUGUAUCUGGGUGAAAGUGCACCAAUGAAGCUGCGUGGUGCUGCAGCUUUGUCAUCUGCUCCAUUUGCUGCUUUAGGCAUCUUGUUAGGACAGAUCAUUGGGCUUAGGGAGAUCCUAGGAAGUGAAGCCUGUUGGCCUUUCCUGCUUUCUAGUAAUGUAAUUCCAGCCUUGCUUCAGCUUGCCACAUUGCCUUGGCUACCUGAAAGUCCUCGUUACCUUCUCAUUGACAAAGGUGACAAACAUUCAUGCAGAAAAGCCCUACAGAUGCUGAGAGGUACAAAUGACAUAGACAAGGAGAUGGAAGAGAUGCAACAAGAGCAGGCUGCUAUUACAGUUGAGCGGGCUAUGAGGCCAUGGGAGCUGUUCAGAGACCGCACCGUUCGCUAUCAGCUCAUUACAGUGAUUGUGAUCAGCAGUGCCAUGCAGCUCUGUGGCAAUGAUUCUAUGUACUUCUAUGCAUCCUAUGUAUUCCAGAAAGCAGGAAUACCCAGCGACAAGAUUCAGUAUUACAUCUUGAUUACUGGAGGCUGUGAGCUCUUCAUGGCAGUCACCGCGAACUUGUUUAUUGAGAGACUUGGACGUCGUCUGCUGAUGCUUUUAGGAUAUAUUAUGAUGACAGUAUGGGCAGUUAUUUUUACAGUUGCUCUCUCACUCCAGGACAAAGUCAGUUGGAUGCCAUAUAUGAGUAUGGUGUGUAUUUUUGCCUACAUUUUAAGUUUUGGGAUUGGACCAGCUGGAGUAACAGGACUCUUACCUACAGAGAUUUUUGAUCAGGCAGCUCGACCUGCAGCAUAUAUGAUUAGUGGCUCCCUGAUUUGGUCAAUGCUUUUUGUAAUUGGAAUGGGUUUCCCUUUUAUUGUGGGUGGCCUGGGAGUAUUCUGCUACAUUCCGUUUGGCAUUGUGUGCAUUCUGGCUGCUGUUUUUGUUGCCUUUUUCCUACCUGAGACAAAGGGCAAGUCUCUAUUGGAGAUAUCCCAAGAGUAUAAUGAACUCAAUUUUAAAGGAAAGAAAUCUCAAAACACUCACUAUCAGCUGGGUGAGAUGUCCAUCUCUACCAAGUUAUAGUUUGCUCCUCAGAAUUUUAUACUCCAGGUGUAUCAGGAGUAUAUAUGCACUAUAUAUCAUUAGCUACAUUUUUGAUCAUAAUCUCAAAAGAUUUUUCAGGUUUUCCAAUGGAUCUUUUUUUCUUAAAUAUUAAAAUCCAACAUAGAGACAGAAUGUAUAACCAAAUGGACAUAGUAGUAGGUUUCUAUAUCCAAGUAUAGAUGCACAUGUUGUAUAUAAAAACAAAAAAUUAUGGUACCGUUUAAGCAAGAAUGACUGUAUUUAUUUAAUCCUUACCUCCAUGAUACACACUUUGUACACUCUUUUGCAUUGAAGGAUUUCAGUUCCUAAACUGAACUGCUCCCUGCCCCUAGUAGUUAAGAUUAUGAACAUUUGGUGUAAAUCAACGUAUAACAGAACUCUGUUUUUUAAGUUUUACUAAUGCUCAAUAUAUGCCCCAUUUUGCCAUGCAACACAUAUCCAUUUUGAUUCAUCCCAUAUCCUUUGUAUUAUGUAGUUGAUGGCUGACGUGGCAAACAUUAUGUUUCUUCAGUUCCUCAAGGGCCAAAAUAUAGAAGAAAAAUGAAGGGUAACUCAAAAACAUGGUGCAUACUACAUGUUCAUAUGAUACUUGGUUACUAAAUAAUAACGCGUUUGAAAGUUUUCUUCUCUUUUUAAAUACUCCUGUAUUUUAUAACUUUUAUUAUUUUACUGAGAAAAGUAAAAUGGCCAGAUGACCCUCAUAGUCUGGUCAGGCUCAGUCUAAAGAAGGUAAAUGGAACUGAAAUGUGUGCUCUCAGCCCAUAAAGCAAAAAGUGAAGGCAGCGUGACAGGCAAGAGAAGAGCAGAUGAAAUGGUUGCUGUGGAAUAAAAGCAAUAACAGGGAGAGUUAGUUGAUGAGAUAAUUGAUCUGCUGCAUUUGUAGUGAAAAUUUAGCCUGUCCACACGCUGAACAUUUUUGUUAAUUCUGCUGGUAUUUGUUUGUUAACAAUCUUUUGCUGGCUGGGAAAUACAAUCUAAUGGAGAGAAGCAGGUGCAUAAAAUAAAAAUCAGUGAACUGAAAUGGAGACACAAAUAUGCUUUAACAAAACUGUAAACUGUUUAUGAAACUAGGCCAUUUCCCAUGUAUGAAUUGUUAAAAAAUAUUUAUCAGGAUUAGUUAGAAUGAAUUUUAUAUCAUACUUUUUCGGAAUUACCACCAGCUCCAAAAUUGCACUUUAUGUGAAAGGUUACAUGGAGGGCUUAUUCAGGACCUCAUUUGCUAACCUGGGUUGUACAUGUACACAUCUGAAUGAUGCUUUCAUAUUAAACACUUGACCAAACUGCGCCUAAGCACAGCACUUUGCACUUGAUUGACUCUAUACCUCCGUUCAUGUGGUCUGAGCAUGUUCUGGGUCUUUGUCAUGGCAUUGCAUGCUGAGAAAAUAUUUACUGUGAAACUUAAAGUAAACAACCAGAUGUCUCUUGGCGGCUAAAAUAAAAUAUAUAGGCAUUUUUGCACUGCAUGGACUACUGAGAAAUUAAAAUAGGUCAUUAAAACAUUAUAUUAAAUGUGAAUUGUGUUAAAGUAAAGCAGUCAGACAUGUUUUAGAAACAGCUGUAAUAUUCAAAGGCUGAGUUGCAAUCUACUGUAUGUUAGUAGCCUUAUACGGCUUUUUAUAAGAAAAAUACAUUUGUAAGAUCAAUAGAAUGUUUUGUUUAAUAUAUUGUGUAUUCAAUAUGAUUUACUAGCAGAGAGCUCCUCAAACAAUUCUUGUUUGGCAUAAGGCACUUUGAAUGCAUUUACUUUUGUACAUUAUAAAGUUGCACUGUAUACUGUAGUUUUAUUGUUUAAAUUAUAAUCUGCAAAAUAUGCAGUUCAAACAAUAAAUAUGCUACAUAUUUUUGGA